AUGGUAUCAGAGCGUCGUAGCUACGUAGAAAAUCAGAAUAACACAGAACAAGCCGAAGCCGAUGCUUCUUCGAGUCAGAUUCCGAUGAAUGUCGAUCAUGCACAGGAAUUCGACGAUCCUUGGAAUCUUCAUAUUAUGGAGAAUCCUAAUUUGAUUCUCGUCUCUCCGCUCUUGUCUGAGGUGAACUAUGCGUCAUGGAGUCGAUCAAUGAGGAUUGCUCUCGAAGUGAAGAACAAAUAUGGAUUUGUUGAUGGAUCCAUAGUUAGGCCUGAGGAAACUGAUCGGAGAUUCUCUUUUUGGAAGAGGUGCAACAACAUUGUCUGCUCGUGGAUCCUCAAGUCUCUCAGCUCCACGAUUGCAGAAGGAGUCCCGUACCUUGAAACUGCAUCAGAUGUGUGGAACACUCUGAAGAAGAGAUACUCUCAGAUAGACUCACACAGGAUUGCUGAGCUGCAAAAUGAGAUCUAUCGAUGCUCACAAGGUAACUUCUCAAUCAACGAGUAUUUUACUAAAAGCAAUUGUUUAUGGAUGCAAAUGAAUGCUAUGAGAACAAUUCCUGCUUGUGAAUGUAUUCCUAAGUGUACCUGCUCCUUAGUAAGUAAGAUACAAAAGGAAAAAGAAGAGGAUCAAAUCAUUAGGUUUUUGAAAGGCCUAACUGAAGAAUAUGAGAGUAUUAAAUCUGCAAUUCUUGUUAUGGAACCUAUUCCUACCCUUGAGAAAGUGUUGAGUAUGGCUUUAAAAAUUGAAAGGAAAAUCAAAAACUCUUUUAAUCAAAAGAACAGUGACAUAAUUCAAGCAAAUGUUCUGCAAAAUGGUCAAGAUCAGUAUGAACAAGAACAACCUACGGUUGCAGUCUCAACCCCAAACAAUAAGAAAAAAUACAAUAAUGGCAGUGGAAAUGGGAAUAGAUCAGGAAAGAGUGUGCCUAAGUGUACUUUCUGUAGAAGACUUGGUCACAUUAUUGACAAAUGCUACAAGAAACAUGGUUUUCCCCCUGGCUGGAUCCAAGGAUAUAAGUCUAUAACUAGAUAG